GCAGUGUCUGUCUGUCAGACGCAGCCGCUAAUCACGAAUUGCGGCCGCAAUCUGAACCUUUCUUGACCAGAUUAUUUUUCCUCUUUUUUUUAUCUGGCAGUUUUAAAAUUUAAAACAAUAAAAAGAGGCGGGCUGAAUUUAUUGGCUUUGUUUGUUUGUCGGUGUGUUUGUGUGUGUGUGUGUGUGUGUGUGUGAAGGGAGAGAACGAAUCGUUUACAGGAGCAACGGAUUUUUUCCCCCCCUCAUAACUCGGCAGAAAACCUUUCCAGUACAUAUCAUCCGACAGAAUAUGACCGACACAUAGCAUCCCGCAGAAGCAUGGCAGCUGCUUACCUUGAUCCAAACUUGAACCACACAGCAGGUUCAGGAGCCAAGUCUCGUUUGAGUAUGGAACGGUCCCCAGGUGCCAUGGAACGAGUGCUGAAGGUCUUCCAUUAUUUUGAGAGCAAUAAUGAGCCCUCAACCUGGGCCAUGAACAUUAGGCAUGGUGAUGCCACCGAUGUCCGGGGUAUUAUUCAGAAGAUUGUAGACUCUCACAAAGUUAAGAAUGUGGCAUGCUUUGGAAUUCGACUCAGUCAUAUGCAUUCAGAAGAAGUCCACUGGCUGCAUCCAGAUAUGGGCGUUUCACAUGUGCGUGAAAAAUUUGAACAGCAUCAUCCUGCAGAGGAAUGGAGAUAUGAGUUACGAAUCAGAUACCUACCUAAAGGAUUCCUGAAUGAGUUCAAUGAAGACAAACCAUGUUUACAUUUUUUUUAUCAACAGGUUAAGAAUGACUAUAUGAUGGAUAUAGCAGAUCAAGUGGACCAGGAUAUUGCACUGAAGCUGGGAUGCCUUGAGAUCAGGAGAUUCUAUAGGGAAAUGCGGGGAAAUGCCUUGGAAAAGAAAUCCAAUUAUGAAUUGUUGGAGAAGGAUGUGGGUUUGAAGAGAUUCUUUCCCAAGAGCUUGUUGGAUUCAGUAAAGGCCAAAACGCUAAGAAAGUUGAUACAGCAGUCUUUUCGACAGUUUGCCAAUUUGAAUGAAGAGCAAAGUGUUCUGAAGUUCUUUGAGAUUCUGUCUCCAGUUUACCGAUUUGACAAGGAGUGCUUCAAAUGUGCACUUGGGUCAAGCUGGAUAAUUUCAGUGGAAUUAGCAAUUGGACCGGAAGAAGGCAUCAGCUAUCUUACAGACAAAGGCUCUAUGCCAACUCACCUGGCUAAUUUUAACCAAGUACAGACCAUUCAGUAUUCAAACAGUGAUGAUAAAGACAGAAAAGGAACUUUGCAGUUAAAAAUAGCUGGAGCAGCAGAGCCUUUGACAAUAACAACUCCAUCACUGAACAUCGCAGAGAACAUGGCAGACUUGAUAGAUGGUUAUUGUCGUCUAGUGAAUGGAAUCAUGCAGUCAUUCAUUAUUAGAUCCCAGAAAGAAGGAGAGCGAGCCUUGCCUUCCUUACCCAAGUUGUCAAACAGUGAAAAGCAAGGAUUGAGGACUCGAACCGUCUCAGUCUCAGAUGAAAUUAGUGGGGACGAAACCGAUGACUAUGCAGAGAUCAUAGAUGAAGAGGACACAUAUACCAUGCCCUCCACCAGGGAUUAUGAGAUACAGAGGGAGAGAAUUGAACUGGGGCGCUGCAUUGGAGAGGGGCAGUUCGGUGAUGUGCACCAAGGAAUUUACACGAGCCCUGAAAACCCUGCAAUGGCAGUUGCCAUCAAAACAUGCAAAAACUCCACUUCAGAUAGUGUGCGAGAGAAGUUCCUACAGGAAGCCUUGACGAUGCGGCAGUUUGACCACCCUCAUAUAGUGAAGCUGAUUGGCGUAAUUACAGAAAAUCCGGUCUGGAUAAUAAUGGAACUGUGUACCUUUGGAGAGUUACGGUCAUUUUUACAAGUAAGAAAAUACAACUUGGACUUGGCCUCCUUAAUUCUGUAUGCUUACCAGCUCAGCACAGCGCUCUCUUACCUGGAGAGUAAGAGAUUUGUACAUCGGGAUAUCGCUGCCAGAAAUGUAUUGGUAUCCUCAUUGGACUGUGUAAAGCUAGGAGACUUUGGUUUAUCGAGAUACAUGGAAGACAGCACUUACUACAAAGCCUCAAAAGGGAAGCUACCCAUCAAAUGGAUGGCUCCUGAAUCAAUCAACUUCCGCCGGUUUACCUCAGCUAGUGAUGUAUGGAUGUUUGGCGUUUGUAUGUGGGAAAUUCUAAUGUAUGGAGUGAAACCAUUUCAAGGAGUAAAAAAUAAUGAUGUAAUUGGUAGAAUUGAAAAUGGCGAGCGGCUGCCAAUGCCUCCAAACUGCCCUCCAACGCUCUACAGCCUUAUGACAAAAUGCUGGGCGUAUGACCCUAGCAGAAGACCACGGUUCAAUGAACUGAAACAGCAGCUCAGUACAAUAUUAGAAGAAGAGAAAGUGCAGCAGGAAGAGCGAAUGAGAAUGGAACAGAGACGACAGAUCACAGUUUCCUGGGAUUCAGGAGGAUCAGAUGAAGCCCCUCCGAAGCCCAGUAGACCAGGCUACCCAAGUCCAAGAUCCAGUGAUGGUUUUUUCCCCAGUCCACAACACAUGGUACAACACAAUCAUUAUCAGGUUUCUGGAUAUACUGGUUCACAUGGAAUUUCGCCCAUGCCUGGAAGUAUUUAUACUGCACAGGCAAGUGUACUAGAUGCUCACGAUUCCUGGAAUCACCAUAGGCCUCAGGAUAUUCCAAUUUGGCCACAAAAUAUGGAGGAUUCUAGUUCUUUGGACAUGCGUGGAAUGGGACAGAUGCUCCCAGCAAAUGUUAUGGAAGAACAGUUGAUAAGGCAGCAGCAGGAAAUGGAGGAGGAUCAACGAUGGCUUGAACAGGAAGAGAAGUUUCUGAAACCCGAUCCAAGGUCCAUGAGAAACAAUGUUGAUCGAGAUGACGGUGGUCUCCUGGAUCCAAGUGGCAAUCAACACAUAUAUCAGCCUGUGGGUAAACAAGAGCAUGCAGCACCACCAAAGAAGCCGCCUCGACCUGGUGCCCCCAGCCAUGGAGGAAGUAUCGCCAGCCUAAACAGUCCAAUUGACAGUUAUAACGAAGGAGUGAAGCCAUGGAGGAUUCAACCACAAGAAAUAAGCCCUCCACCCACAGCUAACCUGGACCGUUCCAAUGACAAAGUGUAUGAAAAUGUAACUGGAUUAGUAAAGGCUGUGAUAGAAAUGUCUAGUAAAAUCCAGCCAGCACCUCCAGAGGAGUACAUACCAAUGGUAAAGGAGGUUGGCUUGGCAUUAAGAACUUUAUUGGCUACAGUGGAUGAAACCAUUCCUUCACUCCCAGCAAGCACCCAUAGAGAGAUUGAGAUGGCACAAAAGCUAUUGAACUCCGACCUAGCAGAAUUAAUUGGGAAAAUGAAGCUGGCCCAACAGUAUGUGAUGACAACUCUCCAGCAGGAAUAUAAGAAGCAGAUGCUGACAGCUGCGCAUGCAUUGGCCGUGGAUGCCAAAAACUUGCUCGAUGUUAUUGACCAAGCCAGACUGAAAAUGAUUGGAGGUCAGCCUAGACCCCUCUAGCCAACCGAAGCCUAUUCUGGGGGUUCUUGAAAUGAUCAUGUGAUCAAAUCUACCACCAGCAUGUGGAAUUACAAAGAGCCAAAAAAAAAACUUUAUAUAUCUAGAUAUAUAUAAAAAGCAGAACAAGUACUGUCAAGUCGAGGAUUCCGGGACACCCGAGGGCUGAGAAUUCUUGCUCCACAGUACAGGAACUCCAGACUGGAACACACUGAAUAGAAACAGACCAAUAUUUAGCUGCAAUACAUCAACCAGGAUUUGAACAAAGAUGUUAUAUUUUCAGACUGAAGUCAUUUAAGGUAACAAAAAAAACCUUUCUUCGUUACACCACCUCAUGUGGAGAAUGGAGGUGCUCCUGUAUUUCAGCAACACUCUGAAGUGUUAAUUAAAAGACUAGCAUGUAGAAUAGACCCGAGACUGUAUCUUGCUUCAAGCAGAAAUACAUGCCAGUUGUUUAGAGGACACCUGGAACAGAUUGUGCUGCAUUUGCAGAUGCAGUAAAAUUGAGUGCUGUGUAUUAAUAUUUCUUCUACCAUUGUUUAACUUCAUUUUUUUAAUUAUUUAAAACAAAAGCCAUGAUCACAAUUAAACAAAAAAUAGUUACUAAC